AUGCCAAUACCGAUUGAAAAAAUUAAAGUAGUUGAAGAAAUUGAACGUUUAGAAGAUGAAGAUGAACCGGAUAAACAGCGUAGAAUCCGACAAUUAUUAGAGACAACCAACGACCAGUUAUCAUUCAUUGAUUCGAAACAUCAUGUACGUUGGCAUAAUGAGGCAGUAGUUAAUCAAGAGUCGUUACGGCGUUAUCGAACCAUGGGGGAUGGAGAUAUAAUAACACUACCAAAUGAACAAUCUCUCGAUGCUUCUGUAAGGCGACGUUAUAUCGCGCAUUGGGGCUUGCCGGAGUGGCUUGGUGAUAAUCAUUUUUUACUUCAAAAACACCGUCCACCAGCUAAUUCUGUUCGUGAAUGUUUGAUAUCUAUAGCAUCAAUUCAUAGUGAAACGGUCAAUAUUUGGACACAUUUAAUCGGUGCAUUAUGCAUCACUGUUACCUAUAUUUUAUUUAUUAUUGAUAAUUAUCGGCAAAUGGAUAUUAGUGAUUUCAUUAGUUUUAGUUCAUUUUUUCUAUCAGCAACGUUAUGUCUGAGUUUUUCAACAUUAUUACAUGUUUUCAUCAAUUAUUCUCCGCGUAUUAUGAUAAUUGUUUCAAAAUUAGAUUACUUAGGCAUAAAUAUUUUGAUAUUUGGGUCGAUGGUACCCGUGCUUCAUUAUUACUUUUAUUGUAAUUUAAAACUGAAAGCACUGUAUAUUGGCAUAUUAUUUGUGUUAUCCGUUGCAUCCAUGGUUGGUACAAGUUCACCAGCAUGUUCACAACCACGUUGUCGACCAUUCAAAGCUAUUCUGUUUAUUGUACUUGGUCUCUAUGGUGUUGUACCAUCAAUUCAUGCGUGCAUUAUCUAUGGUAUGCAUAGAAUGAUGCAAAUGGGUUUUUUUUAUAUAUGUAUAAUGGCUGUAUCCUACAUUUUUGGUGGUGUUAUGUACGGUGUACGUAUUCCUGAACGAUUUUUUCCGGGAAAAUUUGAUAUUGUAGGACAAAGUCAUCAGAUAUUGCAUGUCGCAGUGCUCGUUGCCAUUUAUUUCCAUUUUUAUGCAUGUUGCUCCUUGUUUAAUUACGUCGUGGUCAACGAAAAGUGUAUAGAACCAAUCACAAUUAAACAAGUGGUUUCCGCCGAGUCACUUUCCAAAUGA